AUGUCAGUUCAUCCAGAUCUUCACCCGCACUACAUGUGGGCCUGCCAAAACUCGGGCCAACCUGAAAACCCCUUCAUUGCUUGUGUGCUUCAAGAAGCCGAUAAAAAGGACCCAGUGAAAAGGAUAAAAGGUAUCACAUUAAAAAUAGCUGGAAACAAUCCUCUAGUGCCUGUGCAGAGAGUUACAGAUGACGAUCUCCAAGUUCUUGCCACCGUCUUACGCAGUGCUGUGUUUGUCACAGGCUUGGAUCUUAGGUGCAAUGUAUUGACUGAUGCUGGAACAAAGCACGUGGCAACGUUCCUCCAGGAAAACUCCACCCUGAGGUACCUUAACCUGAUGUUUAAUGAUAUUGGCACAAGUGGAGCAGAGCUGAUAGCCAGAGCGCUCCACAGGAAUGAAACUCUGGUGUGUUUGAGAAUGACUGGAAACAAAAUCGGAAACAAAGGUGGAAUGUUCUUUGCUUCAAUGCUACAAGUUAAUUCAACCUUAGAGAAGCUGGAUCUUGGAGACUGUGACACUGGUACGCAGUGUCUGGUAGCAAUUGCUACGGCCCUGACUCUGAACAGAUCAGUCAAAGCAAUAAACCUCAAUCGGCCUUUACUCUACAGCCAAGAGGAAGAGACCACAGUUCACAUAGCUCUGAUGUUGAAAACUAACUCCUCUCUUGUGGAACUACAUUUGUGCAAGCAUGAAAUGAAGAACUUCGGGGUGGAGUGGCUGUGUGAGGCAUUGUAUGACAACUCCAGCCUGAGAUACCUUGAUCUGAGCUGUAAUAAAAUAACCUCUGAUGGUGCAAAAUUUUUGGGAGAACUACUAAAACGGAACCGAACCCUGGAAAUCCUUGAUCUUGACGCAAACCGAGUGGAGGAUGAUGGAGCCACCUACCUGAGUGAGGCCUUGGCUUUGUACAACAGGACUCUUCAGGCGUUGUCAGUAGUAAGCAACAAUAUAAGUGGCAGAGGACUUGUAGCUCUUUCAGACGCAAUGAAAACAAACAUGGAACUUUCCUACAUUUACAUCUGGGGAAACAAAUUUGAUGAAGCCGCAUGUACGGCCUUUUCAGAACUAAUUCGGACAGGCCGCUUGAAACUGACUCAUACAGACGUGGAACCGUACGAAGUGGAUGGGCACGCUCACCUUGCAGAGCUCUCCCACGGCCUCAAGAAGCACUACUACUGGACCCCAAGCUGUGGGGCGGUGCCAAACAAAGACGCUAAUGCCAGCCUGGCAAUUGCAGCUGCUCCAGAACACGUGUGA